AUGGAAACUCAGGCAGAUAUCAGCAUGGCUACGACUUCAUCAAACGGGGGAUCAGACUCCAACCUCGUUCUCAACCCACCAUCGCAGUCAAGCGGCUCCUCUCCUUCACCUGCCCCGCCUCACGACCCUUCCCAUGAAGAACACCAGUAUCUCAAUCUAAUCCGCACCAUCAUAAACACAGGCGAACAUCGCCCUGAUCGCACCGGGACCGGCACUCGCUCCAUUUUCGCGCCGCCACAGCUUCGCUUCUCUCUCUCCAAACCAUCCUCUGACCCGUCCAACCCAGACCCCAUCCCUAUUUUACCCCUCCUAACCACCAAACGCGUCUUUCUACGGGCCGUGAUUGCUGAACUCCUCUGGUUCGUGUCUGGCUGCACAUCCUCCCUUCCACUUAGUGAGGCUGGUAUAAAAAUAUGGGAUGGAAACGGGAGUCGUGAAUUCCUGGACGGUGCUGGCUUGUCGCACCGCGAGGUUGGCGAUUUAGGACCUGUAUAUGGCUUUCAGUGGCGCCAUUUCGGUGCCGAGUACAUCGAUGCAAAGACGGACUAUACUGGAAAGGGUGUUGAUCAGGUCGUCGAAGUAGUGAGGAAGUUGAAGGAGUCGCCGUACGAUAGGCGUAUCAUCCUGAGUGCCUGGAAUCCAGCCGACCUUAAGAAGAUGGCACUUCCACCAUGCCAUAUGUUUGCCCAGUUUUAUGUGUCAUUCCCGCCUCAGAAGGAAGGGGAUGAGGGUAAAAGGGGAAAAGGCACAUUGUCUUGCGUACUCUAUCAGAGAUCGUGUGAUAUGGGGUUGGGUGUGCCCUUCAAUAUCGCGUCGUAUGCGCUGUUGACGCAUAUGUUCGCCCACGCAGCAGAUUUGCAUCCCGGCACCCUGAUACAUACCAUGGGCGAUGCACAUGUCUAUCUUGACCACAUUGAAGCACUACAGGAGCAGCUCACGAGGGAGCCUACCGAGAUCCCCGAGUUGAAGAUCCACCGCACCGAUCGCGGAUCUGGUCAGAUGGACGGGUGGAAAGAUUCCGAUUUCGAAGUGUUGGGAUAUAAACCGCAUAAGCUGAUUAAGAUGAAGAUGAGCGUUUAA